UGCAGCCGCUCGGCAGGCACGAGCCGGGGGCCUUCCUCCCCGCCCGAGCUGCUGAGGAGGGAGGCCUCUUCUGCCCUGGGUCCUGCCUCUGCGCGGCGGGGUCCGGCCCUCCAGAGCCUGGACGGUGGUCUGUGGGAGCCGUGCCUGGCGUCGCUCCCUGUUGAGGAGGUUUUGCAGCGGACAGCAAGUGGAAGCGUCCUGUAAAAAUGUUCUUUGUCACAGUAGUUCUAGUUUCUUAGGUAGUUCCUGGUAGAGGCAUAGGCCUGAAAUUAAUUGUAUAUCUGGUACUGGUUAUUAUAGAAGCUUUUGUUGAUUAACUCUGGGUUUUUACAUCGCUGUAAGCUGGUAUUGCUGUCCAGUCCAUUCAUUCUUACCCUCUUCUGUUCCUUUUCUCCUACACAAAUGUUGAUGAGGCUCCACGACGUGCCAUUCUGGGGAGCUGAGCUGAGGGUGUAGCUCUGCAGCAGCCUUGGCCACAGACGCUGCUGCUGUCUUACUUUCCUUUCUACACUGGCUGUGGUUUCUCAUCCCCUGUCUUGCCCCACUUUCACAGUCUUUGGAGCUUUUGCUGAGCCAUCUACAAGGAAAUCUAGGCUAGUGAAUCAGUGAGUGGUUUUCUGUAUGGUUAGGUGUCUGAGCCUGUUCAGGAAAGAGCCAAGUUAAACAUUCUAAUGGAUUCAGGGGAGGAUGUAGAAGACACCUAGGAGGACGUUAACUAGUGGAUAGAUUGGCUUGGGCUACUGUCGGUCAGCUGUCAAAGUUUAAACUUUUUUUUUUUUUUUCAGUUCAGUGUUAAAACAGGUCAGUUACCUGGUACGAUACAUCAAGUGGCUGUAGAAUGGGCUUGUGCUGUCACAGUUGAAGGGCCAUAAUAAAGCAGUGAAAAGAAGCUGAAGGAGGGAAGUGUUACAUGUCUUGCUGAUCAGAAAACUGUUUCUGAAUUGCUUGGUCAAACUACGUAUAUAUGUAGUAAAAUCUAAAAAGGUUGAAGCUGUGGAGAGCAUGGGUUAUGAUAUUGAGCGUUUCGUUGGCUACGUUAAUGAAGGGCUGUUAUGCUCCAUCUGCCGUGAUGUGUUAGAAGAUCCGUUACAGGCUCCUUGUGAACAUGCUUUCUGUACCACUUGUAUACAUGGAUGGCUCGUUCAUCACAGCAACUGCCCUGAAGACAGACAAAUGAUUGAUGUAUCUUUGUUACGACCUCUCUACAGAUAUAUGAAAAAUGAUUUAAACCGUCUUCAGCUACAUUGCAAAAACAGAGAGUAUGGCUGUGAAAUGGUUUGUUCUCUGGAGUCUAUAGACAGGCAUGAAAGGGAGUGUGAAUACAGUCAGAUACCUUGCUCCAAUGCCGUAUGCUACGCACAAGAUCAACCAAUGAUCAGGAAAACAAGGUUACUUUCCAUCUCACCCACAUCUCUUAUUACGUGGGUUUGGACCCUUUUUCUUAAAUUUGGUUGUACAGUUCAGAUUGAACGGCGUAACUUAGAUGGUCACCUGGCAGUGUGUGAAUAUCGGAGCCGCGAGUGCCCCAACGGUUGUGGUUACACCAUUCUCAGUGCGGAAGACACACAGCAUAAUUGUGUGGCAGAGCUAAGAACCGAGCUAGAACUACUUCGGUCAGAAAUGAUCUGCAGAGUGGAGGAGGCAAAACAUGAGAUGGAGUCAAGGUUAGAUUCACAGAGAAGGCAUAUGGUCCAAAAAGAGAGUAUUCUGCAAAAUGAAAUUGAAGAACUAAAGAGUCAGAUGUCACGGAUGAUGUCAGAUGUACGCUCACUGAUGGCUGCAGAGAGACAGCACCGUCAAGAGCUGGAGCAGGCAGAGCUGGAAAAACGGGAAUUAAUGGAGCUGCUGAGGGGGCUGCAGAAGGACUGUCGAUUAACUACUACAGAAGGAAGCAGGAAGCCAACAAAUUUCCGCCCUCUAGCACGACUAGAGAGCGUAAAACGAAAACCUAGGGAAGUUACAGUUAUCUAAAGAGAAGUAAGCACAAAAACCAUUUUUGUCUCAUUUCUGUGACCAUCUGGCAAACUUUUCUAGUGUCUAUGAAUGAUUGGUAAACUGUACAUCAUUUCUGAUUUACUCGCUUUCUUUUUAAAUCUAGAUUACCACUUUAUUUCCUCUUGGGGCAUAAAAACAAACCGGGGAAUUUUCUCUUGGGGAACACUGAAAGCUAGAGCCUUUUGAAGUCAAAGAUGCUUAAAGGAUGUUUCCUUCCCGGUCCGUUACAGUCCGUUUAAAGUCUAGUUUGUGCUUAGACUUGAAACAGAAGGAACUUGUGAUCAUCAGUAAUGAUAUUUGGGAUGUACUUAAUUUGGGGAAAAGUCAGUAAUAGAAUUAGCAAGUCAUUAAUAGAAAUUUAAUGGAUUUUGUUUGUUUAUAGUCUGUAGAAGGUCUAUUUCAAAGGUGGAAAGAAAGCACUUUAAAUUGUAAUUCUACUGCUCUGUAACAGCUUCAGGUGAGGUUGACUUUUACUUUAGAGCUUCUCUAAUUCCCCAGGCUGAUAACGCACUUAAGAGACUAAUAGCAAAGCCCGAGGUAACAGAGUCAUCUAAAACCUUUUAAAUAGAUGUGUGAGUAACUUGGAGUUUGUGGGAGGGGAUCUGCAUUUUAUUUAACAUUUUGAAGCUUUCCUAUGUGAAAGUUUCAACUAUUUCUUCUGGCCUUAAGACCAGCCCAUUCGGUACUCAGUAUCUUUAAAGCAUAUAUAAAUACCUUGAGUAUCGUUAAUUUUCUUUUGGCAGGUUUCAGGUUACUUGGACAUCAAUAUCCACAACAGACGAAUACUUGCACAGUCACUUGGACUUGGGAUAUUUUUAUUAGUACUCAAGUUUGCAACGGUGUGAGAGCUAGGAUUUUUUAACAGACCCACAAAUACUGAAGGGGGCAUUUAUCUGUAGGGACUGCAUGAGAAAUCUGUUCAAAGACUUUGCUCUAAACUUCUCACACAGCCUGUUCAUGGUGGUUUCAGUGCUACAAUUAAGCCAUAUUUUGUCCUCUGUUGCAGCUCUUCAGUGGAGUAACUAGGGGAGAACCUGGCCUCCUGUUUACUGAAUGUGCUAAAUCAGUUUUGAACUUUCAGGACAAUGUGUGCAGGUGCAACAGUCUGAAUAAGCUAAUUUUAUACUUUAGAAAGCAAAAACAUUACUGUGCAUGCCUUGCUGUUGCUCAGAGCAAUGCUUUUACAGCUAACAGCAUAACCAAAGAGAGAGGCAGCAACUUUCUUUAGCGCAUACUCUGCAUCAUGAAGGCUUGCAGUCAGAGCUGUCUUACUUUCAGGCAUUAAUAAACCCUUCUAACUUGCUGUUUCUUUAGUACCACUGAAGCAGAUGUGCACACGUUCAGGUCUUGUGCAUUUAAAAACUGACAGAAAUAACUCUUCUGUAAAAGGCUGGAGGGUUUUUUUUUUUUCUGAAGGAAAACAUUCAUAGGAAGAGUUAUAUCCAAAUACUUGUUUUCAGUCUUUAUAUUCUAGAUUAAAUUACAAUCAUUGGGAGUAUUUAGGUCGCUAUAGCAGUCUCACCAACUCAUGACACAGGGCAUCUCUUCAGCAUCCAUAUUUAACAAUCUGAAACAGUAAAACAGUAACUAUAAUUUGGGAAGACCUUCAUUCACACUAAACACUCAGUAGUCAAUUCAUGUACAUCAGUGUGCAUAUUAAAGCUGUCGGUAGAAAGUGAGAGUGCUUUUAUUAUCUUUGGUUCUAAAUAAGCAAGCUGUUGGUGUCUGUGCUCGGUGUCUGUUUCCACGUUCACACUAAUUUUGAAGCUUCUUGGCAACACCAGAUUUCACGCUAUUAGAAUCGAUAUAUUUUCAGGAUGUGCUUUUCUGUGUACUGUAACUGUGUGGUUCUGUGAUGUGACUUUAUCUACUUCGCUUCGUGUGGAAGAAGAAAAUUCCUUCAAAAUCCUAUAGAACUCGGAUGAGCUGGAUCACCUUUCCCAAGUUGGAGGGCAGUAAUGGUCACCCAGUCUUUCCCAUUCUGACCACAGAAAAAAGCAAGUUGUUAGCUCUGUGCUUUCUCCAUAAUGGGAUCUUUGCAUUUGCUCGUUUCAGGAAUUUCACCCACUUAUUUAUGACCAAAUUCCUUCUAGUAUAGGAAAUAGGGUUUAUUAACAUUUACUUAGCAUUUGGUCUGCUCUCUGUCCCCCAAGUGACAGGCAUGAAACUGCACGAGAGAGCCCGUCCUGGGUGGCAAGGACGGCCUUCCUGCUGCGCAAUCUGUGUGGCUUCUGGCUGCCAGCUCUGGAGAGUCCGAACUUCCAGUGUUGAAAUGUGGCAACGCUUUGGGCCCACCGGCUGCUGCAGUGACCUGUUAGCUUGGGUUUCCUUGAGCAGCGAAGGAGCCCUUGCGAAUGGGCGCGAUCCAGCAAAUGGCAUCAGCUCUCUCCCGUUACUUCAUGCUCAAUCCCAUUCCUCAGUGUUGGUAACUGUUCCGCGCUUAAGAUUUUCCUCCGCUAAUGAACCACUCACAGGCCAGCGUAUGCUUAAGUAAGGUCAUCGUUUUACCCAUCUUAAAAUGAACUAGGCUAAAAUCAAAUAGCCCAUCAUGUUGGUAUUUUGUCUAGUUUUAGCUUUUCCAGCUUCAUGUAUUACACGGCUCUUAACCACUGGCAGAAGCAAGGAUGUUUUCUUUUUUCUUUCUUUCUUUCAAAUUAUCUGUUCAUCCUUUUUAUAAAAACUAAGGGUCCAAAUACUGCAGUGGACUUGGUGUAAGAGCAGACACUUGGAAAUGCUGCUUCCCUGGUCCUGAUCAUACCUUAGGAUUAUAGGAGCAAUGCCGCUACAAGUGCAUUAGGGAGGGUUCUGGCACUGAAUGGCUGGUGUUGGUGUUCUCAUACGCAAGGGCGCUUCCAUCAAUCCCAUCCCCUCACAGGCAGAACUGUGCUGAGCGCAAGCUGAGCGGUUCCUCAGGUGGACCAGAAACUGUGCAAGGAGUUGUAUUUUUCGUUGCUUCUUAAAAGCCCUUUGCAGCUGGAAAAGGGAGAGCAAAGACUCUGGAGCGGGGAGGGUGGAGAGAAGGAGUAAGCGGGGUCCGAGCGUCCUCCCUCGGCCCGCGAGCAGCAGUGCCCGCCUGGGCCCCAGCUGGCUUACCGGUGUGAACUGCCACAAUUAACACAGCGCUACAAUUAAAAGGAGGUUACAUCUUCAGCCACCAGUAAGUGGGUACCAAAUGUAAUAGUACCAAAACUGGGAGAUUCGCAAACAAAACGUGGCGAGUAGGCUGUUAAGUAACGUAUGUGAGAUUGCAAGGUGUCACAGGGGGUUGAGCAAAUCCUUAUCCUGCAUUAAGUUGGGUGAAAAAAGAAUAACAGUAAGGACAUAUUUAGAGUAAUUAAGAUUUUAAAGCGCAGGGUGAGUUUGUCUUUGAAAGAAAAACCAACAUUUACAUAUUUAUUCUGAAGACCCAAGAGGCCAAUUACAAAUCCACGUGAACUAGUUCUCCACUUAAGAAGUCAAAUUCAAAACAAAAUACUGCUUCCUCCCUUUCCUUCAGCAUUAAAGCUGCGUUCCCUGUUUGCCUGCACUCCCCUCAAGGCAAGAAAUUGGUGGUGGUGGCGGCCAGUAUGGACCGUCGCUGCCGGGGUUACUUUAUUCGGAACGGGAGCAGUGAUUUUGGGGGAGGGCUUCUGACAGGUUCAGACGAGAUUCAGCAAAAGGCCUGGAACUGAGAAUCGUGCGUCUGAGUCAGGUGCAGGAGGGGCAAGGAACAAUUUUGCUGGACUCCCUCAGUAAGGUGGCAGGUUUUAAUUAGCAUGAUUUUAGUAGUAGAUUAACAGUCUCCUAUGAGAUAAAUUAAUUUAAUAGCACAUGUAUACAAGAGUUAUAGUCGAAAAGGAACACCUAAUAAAGUGAAGUAUUUUGACAGGCCAAAAGUGGGUUUCUUUAUCUCAGACGUUCUUAGGUGGUUUUAAGAAGUUUAGCGUGUUAAUAGAGCCCAGGUGGCAAACAGUUCCUAACCGCGAGGGAAGUGGGUGGCCUUGCAAAUCACGUUUUCCAGGUGCUGUCCUCGUGGAUGCUUCUGGCGUGGUGCUCUUCCACAGCCCCGCUACGGAGGAGCGCGGGGUGGUUUCACAGGAGCAGCGCUGGCCUUGCCUUGCUGCCACAUGGCGCAUCGGCUGGCGUGCGGUGGGUCAGGGAGACUUUGCCACAUCGACAGAUGCCUUUAUAAAGACCUACAAUUCUAUGCAACUUUCUAUGAGCAAAUAAACGUCGAACUGUCUUCCAGCAUUAUGGUUCACUGCCGAUCUACUUACAUUUUCUACCUUUAUAUACACAAAGACAAAACAGUGCUUAACAGACCUUAAUCUCUAGUCUGUAAAAGAAACAAUUAACGUUAUUUGUAUGACUUUGAAGUACACUUUGUAUAAAAGUUGAACUAAUAAAGGGUCUAUGCCACAGUUAACGCAGUUUGGUUCCCUUCUUUCUGUUGGGGAGUUUAGUGUCACCUUUCUAUCAGGUGAAAUAGCGCACAGGAGGUGCUGGCUGCGCAGCGCAGGAAGCUGUGCAUGAACGGCACGGCAGGGCCAGCGCGGUGGGGCAGGUGAGGCUACGGACCUGCCAGGCAGCGCUUUGCCCAAGAGAGGGGAUGUGCGGCAAUAAACGAGGCAGGCCUUUGAUCAGCCACUAGCCCUGCUCAGGGAAUUUUUUCUCCUGCCUUGCAGGUGG